CACAGGUUGCCAAAGCGCGCAGACGGUCAGAAAUGGACGACACCGACUUCUCGCUCUUCGGCCAGAAGAACAAGCACAAGAAGGACAAGGCGGAUGCCACCCAGAUCGCCAAGACGCCCACCUCGGAGCUGGAUCUCAAGAGGAUCAUAAUCUCGCGGGCCACCACGGAGGACACAUACGAGAAUUGUGCGCGGGCGGGCAUUGCGGUGAUCCUCAACCACAAGGACGUCAAGGGGCAGAAGCAGCGCGUGGGCACCGAACGGGAUCGGGAUGACAUGGAGGCCACGCUCAAGGGGUUCGGAUUCGAUGUCCGGACCUACGACGAUCUGACCUUCUCCGACAUCAACGACAAGCUGAAGGAGGUGGCUCGCGAGGAUCACAGUCAGAAUGAUUGCUUUGUGUUGGCGGUGAUGUCGCACGGAACUGAAGGAAAGGUCUAUGCCAAGGACAUGUCAUAUCCUGUGGAGCGCCUAUGGAAUCCCUUCCUUGGCGACAACUGCAAGACGCUAAAGAACAAGCCAAAGCUCUUCUUCAUUCAGGCCUGCCGUGGUGAAAACCUGGAGAAGGCCGUCGAGUUCUCAAGCUUCGCAGUGAUGACCAGGGAACUGGUCCCGGAUUCCGUGGCCCCCGUACAGCCCAUUACCUACGCAAUCCCCAGCACGGCGGACAUGCUCGUCUUCUAUUCCACCUUCGACAAAUUCUUCUCGUUCCGCAACGUUGACGAUGGCUCCUGGUUCAUCCAGAGUUUGUGCCGCGUCCUGGACCUGGCCGCCUCCAACGAGGCAUCCCAGCCGGAGGGCGCCGAGCUGCUCCGCCUGCUGACCGCCGUCAACCGCAAGGUGGCCUACGAGUAUCAGUCGAAUACGAAGAACGAGGCCCUCAACCAGAUGAAGGAAAUGCCCAACUUUAUGUCCACGCUGACCAAAACCUUCCAGCUGCGUGUUAAGCCCAAGACCUGAGCACCGGUCACGGAAUCACCGUCAAUCCAAAACCAUUGGGGACUGAGUGAGUCAGUCGAGGGACGAGGCGAACGAGGGACACCACAACUCUUUCACUUAAUCGUAAUGUUUGCAAUUUGUUGAUAGAAAUAUAUACAUAUCGAUGGCA